CUAAUCGUGACGUCUUCAGUCAUCUGGGGUGAUUACGUGUAAAGUCUCUUGUAUGAGCUGUAGCUCGCUGACUAGCACUGGCUAGCAUCCCGUUGGAAACACAAAGUCUAUAGCUCAUAUUACGGACUGCCACGGCUCCAGCCUUCCUUUCGGUGUUUGUAGAGAGCAAAAAAGGGCGUUUCACGCUCGAGAACCUCACGAAGUGACUUUUAAUCGAAGUGAAAAUGAUUUAGCAGUAUGGAAGUACUAUCAGGAACCUCCUUCAGGUGUUACUGCAUAGGGAAGUGGUGCUGUCUGAGGCGACACAGCAGGGAGCCUUAAACUCUGAGCACUAGGUGAAGAAACUGAACUGCACCCAAGAAGAGAAACUGAAAGAAGAAUAUGUUUGCUAAGCUGAAGAAGAAGAUUGCAGAGGAGGCGGCCACAGCACCUCGGAGUGGUGUCCGCAUACCCCGUACCAUCAGCAAGGAAUCUAUCACCUCAGUGGGAGCAGACUCCGGGGAUGACUUUGCAUCUGAUGGCAGCAGCUCCAGGGAUGACCUUCCUGCCCAGCUCCUCAGAAGAAAUGAUCAGAUCCGAAGGCUGGAGGCCAAGCUGUCAGACUACGCUGAGCAGCUACGAAUUAUGCAGAAGACCAAGGAGAAGCUUGAAAUUGCAUUAGAAAGGCAUCAGGAUUCCUUCAUGAGGGUUGUCCAGGUUCAAGUAGAGCGACCCUCAUGCUCACAGCAGAUCUCAAGACUAGAAGAGAAUCCACUGACCCCAGCUGCUAUCGAGGAUGCAUCCAUAAAGAAACUUCAGGAACAGAAUGACUCUCAUCAGGCCAGCAGAGCCAAAAUGGCAGAGGGGAUGGCUUUAGCGUUGGAGAAGAAAGAUCAGGAGUGGAUGGAGAAAAUGGCCAAUUCAGAGAAAGAGAAGGCUGCCCUGUCAGCUCGGCUAGAGGAGAUGAUGGAACAAAGCUUAGCACUCUUUCAAAAAAGGGACGACCUGGAUGAACUGGAGGGCUUUCAGCAGCAGGAGCUCGCUAAAGUUAAACACAUGUUGCUAAGGAAGGAAGAACUGCUGAGCCAGCGAGAGCGGGAACUUCAGCAGAAGGAGGCUGAUAUUCAGUCGGCAAAGCGAGGGCUGGCCGAGGCUCGGGGGAAGCUCCAGACUCUGGAACGGCAGCACGAGGAGAGCUGCAGACUCAACUCUGAGCUGGAGAUAGAGCGAGAAGAGCUGCUGCUGCUCAGAGAGGAGGCUGACAAGAAGGUCGGCGAGCUAGAGGGACGAUGCCAGGAGCUGCAGUCAGUCAUCCAGCAGGUUUCUGAAGACUUCCAGAAGUCACAGAGUAUGGUUUCCACGUUGGAGAAGUCCCUCCAUGAAUUACAGACAGAACAUGAUGCUCUGAAGCUGCAGCAGCAAAAGGCGGCUGUGACAGUGGAGGACAAGGAACGCUUGUUGGUGGAUCUUCAGAAGAAAGUAACAUCGUUGGAGAGACGUCUGCGGGGGAACCUGAGCCAGGAUGAGCACCUACAGGAGCUGCUGCAGGAGAAAUCUAGUCUGGAGCAAAGUCUGGACGAGACGAGAACAGAGCUGCUGGCUGUCCGGACAAACCACGCUGAUACUGUCAGCUCUCUGGAGGCUCAGGUGUCGAGGAUGAGUGUCACUAUUACUGAGCUGCAGACUCUUCUGCGACACAAAGACGACUCAUCCAGGGCCUACAGAGAGAGGACAGACACACAGAUAGCUCAGCUGGAGCAGCAGGUUGUAGAGAGCAAUGAGAGGCUGAGCAGUGCACAGCAGCAGAUCGCAGAGAAGCAGCAGAACAUGGAGAAACUGCAAGGAGAGCGGAGUGCAGAGAAGGCCUUUCUGGAUCAGCAGCUGUCUUUGUUAGAGCAGCAGAGUCAGGAGAAGAUGAGCCGGCUGGAGGACUGCAUCACCUCUUUACAGAAGGACAAACAGACACUACAGAGCAGGCUGGCUGAUCUGGACAAGCGGAUGAAUGAGGUGGACUCUGUUCUGAAGCAGCGGACAGAAGAACUGGAGCAGUGCAGGGUGGAGCUAAACAGCCGACAGACGCUGAGCACGGAAAUCGCCAAGGCUCUGGAAGAAACCAGACGACAGAAGGAGGGCCUGCAAACACAGGUUGCAGAGCUGAGUGCGGCUCUACAGAGCUCACAGCAGGAAGUGACCACUGUCACCGAGAAGCUAGCACUCAGAGAGGAUGACAUCAGAUCACUCCAGAAUGAGGUGCAGGGGCGACAGGCAUCCCUGGUGGAGGUGCAGGAGGAGGCUGAGCGGCUGAGAGCCCAGCUGGAGCAGGUGGAGCUGGACAAAGACUCCCAGGUCACCAGCCUGAAGGAGGAGCUGCUCACACAGACUCAGCAGCUGGACAGCUGCCAGGCUCGGAUCUCCUACCUGGAAGUAGAGGUGGAAACCCUGACCGAGCAGCUUCACAGUCAUAGUGUAGUCUGUGAGGAGGAUCAGAACGGCAGUGUGACCGUGGAUGACCUGGAUCACAUCCAGAAAGUCAACAAAGAGCUGGAGCAGGAGCUCAGUGACAAGAACAGGACCAUAAAGCAGCUGCAGCAAAGACUGGCAGAACUGAAGAGGACUUUGCAGAAAGAACUGAAAUUAAAACCCGAGUCAGAAGCUGAAGGGAAGGAGAAGCCAACUGAAAGCAGAGCAGAGAAACCAGAGAGAGUUUGUCCUGACCCUGCACCUGCAUCCACCCCGAGUCCCCCGACCUCCAACACCACAGUGACCAACACCUCUGACCUCAAUGACUCAAGAGAAAUUAAUUUUGAGUAUCUCAAGCACGUCGUCCUCAAGUUCAUGUCAUCCAGAGAGGCAGAGGCAUACCAGCUGAUAAGAGCUGUAUCUGUGCUGCUGAACUUCAGUCGAGAGGAAGAGGACAUGCUGAAGCAGACUCUGGAGUACAAGAUGUCCUGGUUUGGAUCGAAGCCUUCUCCAAAGGGAAUCGUCCGGCCUUCUAUCUCAGGAUCAGCUCAUUGGAGCUGAUUUUACAGCAGAAAGAGCUGAAGUGAUGAAGAGACUGAGAAAAAGACAGAGUACCUUCUUCCUGUCUAGCUCCCAACACUGAGCAGGACUCCAGCCUCCCAGUUUUUCUCUGGCUCUGUGGGAGGUGCUGAUGUGCGGACAGAGGAGGGGCUGCACAUCAUCAUUUAGGGACGAAGGCUUACUCAUAAUCAGUGGUGAUUUUUAAAUGACAGUUUUGAUUUUUCUUCAAUCAUAUGACACUAAUCUGAUGUUUUCUUGUCAGCAAAAAGUGAGUUACUAUGUGAGACAGUGAGACAUCACACAGAAGUAACACUAUGACUGUUAUUUUUGGGAUCGCCUCGUUUCUGUCCUUUCUGUUGGAGCAAACAUCAGCGUGACAUGAAGCGAUCUUGUUCACUGGACAGCUAGUUUAGUCUUUGGUUGCUGAGGGUCCUUUAGCUUGUUGUUUAUCACUUAAUUUUAAAUCACAGAGGGCUUAUUUAAUGAAAACGUGUCACUUUACUGACCUGUACAGUUGGCUUUAGUAUCAAUGAGUUUAUUUCAUGGUAUAUAAAUGGUUCACACUGGUGUCAAAGGACCAGCUGUUCUCACAUUCAAGAAUGCUGCAUUGGAAUCUGAAGAGUUAAUCGGGGACCAGGUGUUUGGGUUUAAUGGAUUCAUUUUGCUUCUCUGGUUAUUCACUUGUUGUUAAUCCUCCAUUAACAGCUUUCCUUUGAGGACCUGAUAGCCACCACUCCAUUUCUCUGCCACUGAAGAAGUUUUUGGUCAAUUGAGUCACCCAGAGACCGAGAGAAAUAAAACACAACCAGUUCAAAGAUUGGUCACAUAAAUAUAGAAAUUGCUCUAAUUAAUCAAUACUUUCAUUUGUUUUUUUAAAAUUUGCUUUUAAUAAUUUUUGUUGUAAAUUGUUAAUGACAAACUUUAAAGGUGAAUUAAAUGGCCUCCUGUGGUCUACCUGCAGUACCUGCUUUGCCGUCUAAGGUGCAACAAACCACACUUUGGGACUCAACAGUUAAAGAAAUCAAGGCUGUGAUCAAUGUCCAAUAUGAUCAUCAUAAUCUAAAUUUUUCCUAAUAGAUGCCAAUGCUGACAUUUCUCCAGCUACCAUGCAUGGUGAAAUGUAGUCGCUCUCUGUACUGUGGUGAAUUAGAGAUUUAAGAUCACCUGUGUAAUACCAAUAUGUGCCACAGUGUGGUGCAGUCACAUUCUGAUUUACAGAGGCAGCCUGGGAAAGAAAACUGAUCUGUUUCAGAUCAUUAUGUGUGUUAUUAUGUGAAAGCUGUUUGAUACUCAGAGUACGAUCUCUACGGGCUGUUUUUCUUUUUCUCUCUCCUUUAACACCAGUGUGAAAAAUAUAGACUGUAUAUAAAUUCAACUGAAAUAAUACAAAUGUGGUCAAAGUUUUCAUACAUUCAUCAUGUACAUGAAGUAAUUUAUGGCUUGUAUUUCUUUGAACUAGUUUUUUUUUUUUCUAGGGAUGAAUCAUUUUACAUCAUACAUGUUUCAUGACACAAGGAUACAGUCUCUCUCUCUCUCUCUCUCUCUCUCUCUCUCACACUCACACACACACACACACACGUCUUUAUGUCUUUUAGCUUCACAGAGUCUAUUAACUUCUUGUUGGUGAUUGUUAUUGACUAAAAUUGCUAGUUUCUCUCUGUCAUCAUAAAGUUUUUGUUUGACAGCACUCACUCCAUCAUCCAUUACUAAGAAUAAUGGGAAGUCCAAGAUCGCAGAAGGAGCACUGUGAAUUUACACAAGUUGGGAACGUCUCUUGGACCCAUCCUUAAACAACUGUACUUUUUUUUUUAAGAUCAUCAGUUCAACAACUGCACAUAAGUACAAGUUAUUCCAGUGUCUCACCACCUCACCAAUGUCUGGAAGAAGAGCCGACCUUUCAUUUUGAAAUGAGGCACAUUUGGUUAGGAAUUUCAGGAGCAACCCAGAAACCACCAAGGCUCGGGUCUGCUAUGAACUGCUAACAGCUGCUAAUAACAGCGUCCACAAUGAAGUGAGUUUUACAUCGCCAUGGACUGAGAGAGUGCUGACCAAGAAAGAAGGCCCCACUCCAAAAUGGACGUCUGCAAACUUGGCUAAAAUUUGAAGGACAUGAAGGAGCCAACUGCUCUUUGGAGACAAUUCAAAAUAAAAAAUAAUACCACCCAACAAUACAAAACCCAAUUCUUCUUCUUGUUUUGUUUUUUGUUUUGUUUUUUAAGUUAUUAAAGACAUGUACUGUAUAACCACUCCACCCUGGAAAAAGAACCGUUGAAAGAAAUCAUUAAAGUCCAGAAUGAGAGUUUGUAAACUCCUGACCGCAGCUGUAUAUGAUAAAAAAGGUAAAUGCUCUGUAAAUAAUGAAGGACAUGCUCUGCCUUCACCUGCCUUUGCUGAUGUAAAUCAAAGUACAUUCCACUUGGCUGUUUAUAAAGAGAAAUCUGUACAUACUGUAUGCAUUGAAAACUUUAUAAAUCAGUGGAUGUCAACAGUUUGAUGUGAUCGGUUCAUAGUAUUUAUCGUUAUCAUAGACCUGAGCCCAUACAUGUUUCUGCCCGAGCUCGUCACACUGUCCACAACGGUGUCUUGUCCUGAGUGUCAGUCAUGUGAUUUGAAGUUUUAUCUGUUGAGUUUGUAUAUAGAGAAAGCAAGAGUACAUCUUUGAAUGCAGAUUUGCCAUCAUGUUUUAUUAUUACAGGUAGCAGACUGAUGUGGUUAUGGACACUCCAUCAGCUUUUAUACUCUGAGAAUCAAAGAAAUGAUGAAUGCACUUUUGAACCUGGUUGAUUCUGCUGUGUUAAACACUCAAACAGCU